AUGGUGGCAUUGUCUCUCGUCGCGACGGUCCCCAGCGGCCAGGCACGCGGCGGCGCGGGUCUGAGCAGCCGCGACGACGACGCAGGGAUAGGCGGCGCAGGCGGCGAAGGGAGCGAGGGAGCGAUGAGCGGAGGAGCAGGCAGCGAAAGAGUGGGGAGGGUAUUAGAAAGCAAGGGGGGCGGUGGUGGGAGUAACAUUGGACGCGGUUUUGAGCUGCCGGAUCCGACGUCCAGAUUCGAUGCAUCUGUGGCGUGGCGCCACACGCUGUACCGCACGGCUGACUCGUGCUGGAGCCAGCAGGAGCGACACCUGUACCACACGGCCAACACCGCCCCACCAUCCAACGCAUUCUUGAGCGCAGUGGAGGCCUUUGAGGCAAUGCAGAGGGAGUGCGUGGCGCAGGGAGGCGCAGAGCAGUGGGCGUGGGUGGGCAACAAAGGAAAAUGGAGCAAUCACCUGCCACGUCAUGGGCCUGACAGGGAGCCAUGCCGCUACAUUGUGAUAGACGACAUGAAACGAGGUGAGGAUUUGAAACGAGGUGAGGAGAUGAAACGAGGCGAGGAGAUGAAACGAGGAGAGGAGCUGAAACGAGAUGAGGCCAUGAAACGAGGAGAGGAGCUGAAACGAGGCGUGGGCAACAAGAUCACAGCAUACGUCACGGCGUUCAUCUUGGGUCUUCUCACCCAUCAAGCCAUCAUCACACCACCAACUGCCUUCCUCACCCGCCGCUUCUGCAACCCCUUCGCCCACGCCAACACCUCCUGGACCGUUGACUCGCACAGUUAUGAGUACGUCCCUCCGUAUCACCCUCACAGACUGUUUCAGAAGCCACGGCUGCUGCUCACCAGCAUGGCUAUGCAGCUGAAGGCGACGCAAGGAGGGGCACGCACAGACCUGCCAUGGCAGGUGGUCAACAAAGGCGCAGUGUGGAUGGACCUGUAUCGCAGAACGUGGAACAUGUUUUGCAGUGACCUGUGGAGCACCGCUGCUGUCGCGCCCUUCUGGCUGGCCGGCAUCGAUUCUUACACCAUCCCCAGCCUGCACUACAUUCCGGAGUUUGCGGACCGUCUACGUGAGUUGUUCCCAGGUGGUCGUGCCUUCACCCACGCAGUGCGCCUCUUAAUGCAUCCAGACAACGAGCUGUGGGCGCAGAUCACCACCGCCUUCCAUGCCAACCUCGCCCACUUCUCCCACCGCCUCGGCCUGCAGAUCCGCUCGCCCGAUGGCAUCCACCUGCCCCUCUCAGCUCGCAUCCUCCAGUGUGGGGCUGCUGUGUCACACUACCUGCCUUUCACACAGCCGUACUCACAGGCUCUUCUCGAGUCCGUCAAUAAGGAGCCCUCGCACGCGCCGCACAUGACGAUGGGGGUGUUUGUGUCAUCCUUAUCGCUGCAACACAUGCUAGAGCUGCAGGCGCACUACACAUACCACAUGCCCAUCGGCAACACACUCGUUGCCUUCUGGUCGCUAACAAGCGAGGAGGUGGAGAACAGGAAGGAGCAGCACCUCGUUGCCACUGUCAUCGAAAUCUGGCUCCUCAGCUUCUGCGACCGCCUGCUCAUAACGCACCUGUCAUCGUUCGGCCGAGUGGCAGCGGGGCUGGCGGGCAUGGAAGCCUACUCCAUGGCCAUCACGGUGGUCAACAUGCGCCACGUAGACUGGCGGACCUCGCCUGGGCCUGUGUGCGAGCGCGUGCCGUGUGAACCUUGUGACACCGGCGGUGGCAACGUCAAAUGGUCGGGGUGCGGGUGGGACUUCAACCUCAGCAGGCUGGCACAUGGAUGGGAGCGGCCGGCGGGGUUUGGCAUGUGUGCGGGCUUCCAGUUCGGCCUGCAGGACCUCACCCCGCUCACCUCCCAACCGCCACAAUGA